AUGGUGAACAUUGCGGUCACCGGCAAUCGGUUACGACUGGUGAAAGUUAUAUUAUCGACCCUUUCUCUUGGUUUGGUCAGCGGGCAGCGGCAGGACCAGGAGGAUCCGUGCAAAACCAAAUCGAAGGUGGUCAGCGACGUGACGUACUGCGAUCGCUACUGGGAGUGCAUCAACAACCAGCCGGAGCUAUACGACUGCCCGAACGGGCUGGUGUUUGCCGGAAAGCACCGUGGCGUCACCGAGGGUUGCGAUUAUCCGUGGCGAUCGGACUACUGCGAGGGCAAGCAGCUGGCAAACGGUCCGAUCUCGACCGAGCACUGCGACUGGCUGUACGGCAUCUUCGGGCACGAGACGUCCUGCACUCGGUACUGGACCUGCUGGAAUGGGACCGCCACCGAGCAGCUCUGCAUCGGCGGACUGCUGUACAACGAGAACGCGCACAGCUGCGAUUGGCCGGAAAACGUUGACGGAUGCCAGAAGCACCCACUCUGCAAUGACGAUGCGAACGGUAACGUGCCGUUGGGCAAAUCGUGCAACCGCUACUGGCAGUGCCAGGGAGGCUACCCGCGGCUCCAGCGCUGUCCGGCCAUGCUGGUCUUCGACCGGCGCAGUCUGCGCUGUGUGGUGCCACCGACCGACGACUGUGACAUCCCUACCACGCCCGCCCCGUCUGAGUACGAUCAGGAGCAGUCGGUGCAGGGCAAGGGCAAUCCCAACGCCAUCCACCACUCGUUGAGCGGCGCCGGGUCCGGUGGACAGCAGGGCGGAAAGCUACACUCUGGCGGACGGAACAAGAACUAAACCCGAACCUCCGCACUCUCCCAUUCCCGCCGCCACACAUGUGCCGCCGCCCGGACGUCAGCGGCCGGCUCGAGAGUUGUCCAACAACACGCGGCCG